AUGGAGACCGAAACCAGCUUUUCUCAAAUUGCUCCUCCUAUUUUUGAUGGUCAGAAUUAUCAUCUGUGGGCAGUAAAGAUGGAGACUUACCUUGAGGCUUUGGAUCUUUGGGAGGCCGUGGAAGAGGAUUACGAAAUACCUCCGCUGCCGAACAAUCCUACCAUGGUCCAAAUCAAAACUCACAAGGAAAAGAAGACCCGAAAAGCUGAGGCAAAAUCAACUCUGUUUGCUGCUAUUUCAACAAAUGUUUUCACAAAAGUUCUCACACUCCGAUCAGCAAAAGAAGUGUGGGACUAUCUCAAAGAAGAAUAUGAAGGAAAUGAUCGGAUCGAGGAAUACAAAGCUAAAUUUAAUACGGAGUUUGAAUUGCAAAGGAUGAAAGAGUCAGAAACAAUCAAAGAGUACCAAGACAGAUUGUAUGAAAUUGCCAACAAGGUAAGGUUACUUGGCACUAAAUUUCCAGAUUCUAGAAUUGUUGAAAAAAUUCUUGUAACAGUGCCUGAAAGAUAUGAAGCUUCAAUAACCACCUUGGAAAAUACAAAAGAUAUGUCUAAACCCGUUUAUGAAUUGAUGAAUUCUUUGCAAGCUCAAGAACAAUAA